AUGGGGUGUGGCGCCGACUAUGAUGAAGGCGACGUGGCUGCCGUCAUCGAGGCUGCCGCCGACAAUUCGAUUCGAAAAGUGGUCGUGGAUGGGUUUGAGCUGGUCGAUCGCCAACGCCAUGCGUCGCCCAAGAAAUCAGGCCAGCCCAGAGUAGUGUCGAUCCAGCCUCGCCUCGAGUUCUUGACCCAAACAGACAUGAACGCUCAGUCCGGGUCGCUGCUGCAGUCGUCUUUGCACAAGAUUGCUCAACUUGGGCAAGUGGAAUCGUUGGAGGUCGCUCUGGAUCGACACAUCGACGUCAACGCGGUCGACGCGAAUGGAUGGACAGCAUUGCACUACUGUGCGGCCGACAUGCAUCAUCUCGAUGCCACAGCAGCCAUUGCGACGACACUGCUCCUAUGCGAAGGAAUUGAGCCGGAUGUUCGAUCCAUGCAAGGGCGAACCCCGCUUCACGUUGCUGCAUCCACAGGGCGCGACGACGUCUUGCAGCUCCUCCUUCUUCACGGUGCAAAUUCCCAUUCCCUCGACGAGCAUGGUAUGUCCCCGCUGCAUGCGGCUGCUCAAUCGGGCCACGUAUCCGUGGCGGAGAGGCUUCUGUUGCAUUCCGCCGCCAACGACUCACCAAGAUCCACGCGGCGCAGUCGGCACUCGACCACCAAGCAAAACCCUCUCCAUCUCGCAGCAAGCGCUGGCCACAACAGCAUGGUACAACUAUUGUGUGCGUGGGACGCUGAAGAUCGCCAGUGGACCGAUGAAAAGGACUGCCACGGUCGUCUACCUGUGCAACUCGCUAAGACAAAAGCCACCCGCGAUGCAUUCGUGAAUGUGCGGCAGGCAGCAUUUGAAGGAAACCCCGAUGCAUUCCAAGCGUGUCUGCGAACGUGCUGCCGUCACGAUCUGGCGCCAACUCCACGCACGCACAAAUCCUUAUUGCAUCUUGCUGUGAUGGGGUUUACACGAGAAGUCGCGACUCAAGCAACCAUCCAACGGUCUACACCCGAUGCAAGUCUUGGAAAACGUGAAGCGCGAUUUGGCCAGACGAUUCGACUCGCAUGGCGUGCUUUGGCCGACGUCCAAGAGCGUCCGCUUGCUGGAGACGACGUGGGCAUGACCCCGCUCAUGUUGGUCGCCGCCACUGGAAAUGUAUUUCUCGCCCAGGAACUCGUUCGAGCAGCACGACAGGAUUGUUUGGAAGCGACGGACCAACGAGGAAACACUGCGCUCCACUACGCAUACGCCUACUGCCACAGUUCGAUGGCACGUUGGAUUGAAGGCCAAAGCGUCGACCUUGCGGCGGUGGAAAAUAACGACCAGCGCACGCCGUUGGACGUGUCUGGAUUCCGCCGUAAAAUUCACCCCGAGCCCGUUCGCGUCGGGUAUCAUGACAAGACGAAAGACGACGAUGCCAAAGAUGAUUGA